UCUGCCCGUAUUUGCGCCGCUUAAACGCCGUAUUUUUGACGAUUAUUGUCUCUAAUGGCCUGCCAUACAUAUCGGCCGCCCAUACACGCCUACUUGGUGACACGCCUCUCGCUCGCAGCCUGCAGACAGACCCGUCUCCCGGAGACACGGAGCCGCCCGGUGGCUGCAGCGCUUCCUGCGGCUCAGUGCGUCUCUGUGCGCAGCCGCUUCAAAAGACGCUCCCAGCUCCGGAGCAGCACCUCCGUCUCCACCGGCUUCACAUCGCAGUCAUGAGCGGACGUGUAGGGGAUCUGAGCCCCAAGCAGGCGGAGUCUCUGGAGCAGUUCCGAGUGAGGAUACAAGAUAUUCUUUCUCAACUUCCUGCCCAGCAUGACCACUUCCUGUUGCGCUGGCUCAGAGAACCAACGGCGCCAGCUUGUGGCCUGGCAUGCUCGCUGCAUUAUGUGAAGGCACUGACUUGGGUGACAUGUGCACGAAACUUCAACGUCCAGAAGGCUGAGGCCAUGCUGCGAAAGCAUUUGGAGUUCAGGAAACACAUGAAAGUGGACACAAUCAUCUCUGAGUGGCGUCCACCAGAGGUGAUCGAGAAGUAUCUGUCAGGAGGGAUGUGUGGCUAUGACCGAGAGGGCAGUCCCGUCUGGUAUGACGUUAUCGGACCUGUUGACCCCAAAGGACUCUUCCUGUCUGCCUCCAAGCAGGACUUCAUCAAGUCCAAGAUCAGAGACUGUGAGAUGCUGCAGAAGGAAUGCAACCUCCAGUCUGAGAGACUGGGGAGAAACGUGGAGUCAAUCACCAUGAUCUAUGACGUUGAAGGUCUUGGUCUAAAACAUCUAUGGAAACCUGCUAUAGAAACAUAUGGGGAGAUCCUCCAGAUGUUUGAAGACAACUACCCAGAAGGGCUCAAGAGACUGUUUGUUAUUAAAGCUCCCAAGCUCUUUCCUGUGGCCUACAAUCUGGUCAAGCACUUCCUGAGUGAGAACACGCGACAAAAAAUCUUCAUCCUGGGAGCGAACUGGCAGGAGGUGUUACUGAAGUACAUCGAUGAGGAGGAGCUGCCCAUGAUAUACGGGGGGAAACUGACAGAUCCGGAUGGAGACCCCCGCUGUCGGACCAAGAUAAACCACGUGGGCCCCGUCCCCCCCUCCUACUACGUGCGGGACCACGUGAAGGUGGACUAUGAGCAGUGUUUGACUGUCAGCAGAGGUUCCUCCCAGCAGCUGGACUUCGAGAUCUUGUUUCCAGGCUGUGUCCUCAGGUGGCAGUUUGCCAGCCAGGGCGCCGACAUCGGCUUCGGGGUGUUUCUUAAGGCCAAAAAGGGCGAAUGGAAGAAGGCGGCUCAGAUGGAGGAGGUGGUACAGAGUCAGCGGUACAACGCCCACCUGGUGCCCGAAGACGGAUCUCUGACCUGCGAGCGGCCCGGAGUCUACGUGCUGCGAUUCGACAACACUUACAGCAUCUUCCAGGCCAAGCGGGUCAGCUUCAGCGUGGAGGUCCUGCUCCCAGACCGCUUACAGGCCGCACACGCCAACGGGGCGCCCGCCGCCGCCGCCGCCGCAGAGGCAGACGGGAACGGCCAAUUGUAGCAAAGAGCUCGACGGUGAAGUUUAGUCUCAGCACAGCCAGACACGCCGGAGCCAGACAGGGACCUGCUGCUGCCAGCGGGUCCGUCAACAGUGUUAUACAGAGUGUAAAUAUGGGACCUCAGAAAUUGGAUUCUGGUCCUCAAAGGUUUCCUGUCUCGUCUUUUGAGACCUGUGUUUUUCCUCCAAACAGUAUUUCCAGGAACAGGAAUCAAACGGGCUGAAGACGUGAGAAGUGAAGAUUGAAUAUGCAGCGUUGAGGAUGAACUGCUUUCUGUUCAAGUCGUUCAAACAGUGGUGUAGAAACCAAGAGGGGGGUGGAGCCAACCGUUCCUCCGAGCACUGGGAACCACUGUAGCAGAUAAAAGUCUUUAAUUUUGAAAGAUUUAGCCUAAAAGAGGGCAGUGUGACUUCCUCAGGUCUGCAGUGCUAAAUUAUCAAGAAAAACUUGAAUAAAUGUUUUUUGUUUUUUUUUUCUGAUUUGUUACAGACUGAGAGUAGAAACAGUUGGUGUUGUUUUGUUGUUAUUUUGAAAAUCUCAAGUGAGUGCUCAUGUCUAAACAGUCCACCGCAGUAUAAACCAAGUGAAAGUAGUCAUCACUGGGUAAUCAAAAAAAAAAAAAAUCUCUACAGCAAUG